AUGCUAUUCAGCUCCCACAGUGAAGCAACGAUGCUACCGAGGUGCUCUGCACCCGUCUUGUGGCUGCGCCGGCCGCAGCAGCAGCAGCAGCACCUGCUGGUGGCCGCCCCCGCAAUCGCCCCCCUGCGCCUGCUGCUCUUGAUGCUGCUGCUGGCUGCUGCGGCUCUGGGCGGCGCCAGCGCUCAGGCGGAGCAGCAGGACGCGGCGGCGGCGACCACCACCUGCUACCGCUCGCUGUCGCGGGCCGACUUCCCGCACUGCCAGCAGCUGGGGCCCGGCUUCGCGCUGCAUUGGCGCGUGGACGGCCUGCAGCCGCCACAGCAGGUGGGGCCGCAGGCGGGGCCGCAGGCGGGGGCGCAGCAGCCUGCAGCAGCAGCUGCGUCUGACGGAGGGGGUAGUAACUCGGCCGCGGAGUCGGCGGCCCCCGCGGCGGCCCCGAGCGGCACCAUCACUCUGGGCCUGGACGUGGACACCGGAGGCCACCCCGACUCCUGGCUUGCGGUGGGGCUGAGCGAGGGCGGCGGCAUGCGCGGCGCGGACAUCCUGGCAGUGGUCUCGCUGCUGCCCGCCGCCGCCGCCGCCCUGCUCCCACCCAACACUACCACCUUCCCCGUGUCGGACCAAGCAGCGGCGUACCCGGCUGCCACAGCCGCCACCACGCCCGCCACCGCAGCCGCCAACGGCAACAGCAGCAGCAGCAGCAGCGGCCGGCGCUGGGCGGCUCUGGACCUGUUCAGUGUGGAUUUCGAGCGGCCGCACACCGACCCACACCAGGAUGUGUCGCUGCUGGCCGCGCCGCUGUCGGGCGGCGGCCACACGGUGGCGGUGCUGCGGCGGCGGCUGGCCACAUGCGACCCCUGGGACAUGCGGGUGCAGGUUGGGGUGCCCCAGACCGUCAUCUGGUCCCACGGCCGCGCCUGGCCCGCCCAGCACGCCGCCAAGGGCAGCGCGGCCGUCACCUUCGUGCCGCCGCCCGGGCCGCCGGGGGCAGAGCCGCUGCCCGACCGGGUGUGGCGCGCGCUGGCGGGGGAGGCGACGGCGGCGGCGGGGGUUGAUGCAGUGCCGGCGGGGUGGCCAAACAGCAGCACCAACAGGAACGGCAACAACGGCUCAGCAGCAGCUGGCACCGCGCCACACCCCCUGCGUGAGCAGCUGGCAUCGCUGUUUUCGGCGCGUGACGGCAGUAGCAGCAACAGCAGCAGUAGCAACAGCAGCAGCAGCAGUAGCAGUAGCAGCAGCAGCAGCAGCAGCAGCAGCAGCAGCAGCAGCAGCAGCAGCAGCAGCAGCAGUAGCAGCAUGAUGCCGGUAUCCAGCGGUGGUGGCGACGCAGACGACGCCGAUGACGGGCCGCCGGCGCCGGUGCAGGUGGUGUCGGUGCGCAUGCCCAACGUGUCAGUGCCCGCCAACGUCACCACCACCUACCUGUGUGUGCACACCACACUGCCCGCCGCGCGCAAGCAGCACAUCAUCAGCUACCGUGCGCGGGUGCAGUCGCCGCUCAUCCACCACAUGAUCCUCUUCGCCUGCGAGCGCCCGCCGCCCGCCGCACUAGCGCUGCUGAGGGGCAGCGGCAGUAGCAGCAGCGGUAACGGCAGUAGCAGCAGCAGUAGCAGUAGCGGUGGUGGGCUGCUGCGGCCCACCGGCCCCGUGUAUGAGUGCCUGGCCACUGCGGGCGGACAGGGCUGCAACACCUUUUACAUCGGCUGGGCUCCCGGCACCGACCGCGGCUCCCUCCCCGCCAAUGUGGGACUGCCCAUUGGCGAGUCCGACUCAACCUACUUCGCACUGCAGGUGCACUACAACAACCCGGACGGCCAGUCGGGGGUGGUGGACGCCAGCGGGUUUGACAUCUCCGUCACGCCGCGACUGCGCCGCCACGACGCCGGCGUGCUCACGCUGGGGCAGACCGCCAUCGCGCUGCCGCCCGGGCGGGAGCGGCUCAGCCUCAGGCCCAGCGUGUGCCCCGCCGGCUGCACCGCCCGCCAUCUGUCCGGCGGCCCGCCCCUGCGCCUGCUGGCCUCCGGGCUGCAUGCACACACACUGGGCCGCGCCGUCACCACCCGCCACUUCAGAAACCUGGCGGCGCCGGCCGGCAGUAGCACCGGCAGCAGCACCAGCAAUAACGCCACCAAUGCUACUGCUACUGCUACUGCUGGUGCUGGUGGUGCUACAGCUGCCGCUGGGCCGGUGAUGGCGGCGCCAGUGACAGUGGAGCUGCCGCCGGUGGGGUCGCGGCACUGGUACCAGUUCGACUACCAGGGACAGGACCCCGUGCCGGUGGAGAGCGCGCUGCUACUGCCGGGUGACACGCUGCUGACCAGCUGCAGCUACGACUCCAGCAGCCGGACCAAUGUGACACGGUUUGGUGAAAGCACCAACGAUGAAAUGUGCUUCAACUUUGUGCUGUACUACCCGCGCCGGCCCUCGCUGGUCACCUGCUCCUCCCUGGACGCGGCGGGCGACCCGGGCGUGGCGCUGUGCGGCGGCUGGGCGGACACGGACGCCGUGGGGGCGGCGCUGAGGCAGCUGCGGGACAGCAGUAGCAGCGGCAACAGCAGUGGCAGUAGCAGUGAGGGCCGCCUGGAUGUCUUCAUCCAGCCCGCCACGGGCACCAACAGGACUGCUGCUGCUGCCAACGCCAGCGCUGCCCCUGCUACUGCUACUGCCACUGCCGGUGGCCGCGUGGCACUGGCGGCAGUGCCCGCCCUGGCUCCCUACUUUGCCUCGGGCGCGCUCGUGCCCCUGGCGCCCCGCGAGCUGGCGGCGGCGGAGGCGGAGGCGGCACUGGCGGCGGAGAGCAACAGCGGGACCCACACAACACCAGGCGCGGCCCGCAGCAACAACGCCUCCACCCCUGCCGCUUUCAUCACCACCACAACUGCGCUGCCCUUCUUCACCUACCUGUCUCCGGACCUGAGCGGUGCGGCCUGUCCUGACAUGGAGUGGGGCAUGAGCUGGGGGCAGCGCCAGCAGCUGCUGCAGGCAGUGCUGGAGCGGGAGGAGGUGGCGGCGGAGGGGCGGGCGGGUGGCGGCGGCGGAGGCGGCGGUGACGAGGGCGCUGGGGUGGAUGGCGACGGCGAUGGAGAUGCGGACGACAAGUAAGGGAGGCGGCGGUGCCGUGGGUCACGCGGAUCCGUAGUGGCCGCUGUGUGUGUGUGUGUCCAGGUUUGGAUGGGGUCGCGAGACGAUGUGUGUUGCUGGGUGGAGUGCGGGCGGGGCCGCGCAGCAAUCGCGCUUGGCGUCAUCUUUGCAUUAGAUAGGGCUAGCUGGAACUUGGAAGGCGGUAUUGAAGUGCCCCAGCUGCGCUGCUGUCGCUCGAGGACUGGGGGCCGGAGAUGCGGGACAGGGCGCCGGACAGCGCGGUCUGAGGGCAAGUUUGUGAUGCCCGUGUGCGAUGGGACAGGUAGGGUAGGGGGGAAGGUUGGCGAAGUCCCUGAGAUGUGCCGGUACUUUGCAAUGACUGUGUUGUACGCGCAGUGCUAGUGAGCGCAGUGCUUGCGUAAGGGUGUACCGUAUCUGUGCUUGAGCAUUGAGGUGAAGGUGUGGGGAUAGGUGUGGAAAGGGGUGUAUUUAGGGUGGGGCUGUGGCACAAAUCGCUAGCACCCUGCAGGCAGGUGGCUUGCAGGUACCUAUUGCAGGCGGGCGAGCAUAGGGUCACGUGUUUGGGGGAGCGAACGUGGGGGCUCGUGGGGUGCUAUGAACGCGGGGGGGGGCCUUUCCCGCGUUCCUCCAAUCACGUCACCAUAGCGCCAUGGCAGAGGCAUUGCCUGGGCGCGGGCGUCGUUCUGCCGACAUGCGUUGAACUGCCGCCCACUAGCGCUUACUGG